AUGGGCUUCUUCACGGCCAUUGCUGGCUAUGCCGCGCCAGUGUUCUUGAUCCUGUCGCCCAUCCUGUCCUACAGUGAUCAGGCCAUCUCCAUGCACCGCGCAAAGUCCAGUGCCGGCUUCUCUCUCGACAUUCCCCUAAUCAUGCUCGUUGCAUCGAUAUUCAGGUUAGACAUGGCCUCGACCCUCGACCCUCGGGCCUUUCUCGUCGCAGCAACACUGACCAGCGCAAUCAGGAUCUUCUACUGGCCCGGUGCCAAGUACGACAGCGCAUUGCUCGUCCAGUCAUUCUGCAACAUCUUUAUCCAAGUCAUCCUACUCAAGAUUGCCCUCGAUCACCGACCGUCACCGUCCUCGAAAGGGGGCGACGCCGCUCUCCCCUUCACCGGCGGCCAGGAUGGGCUGGCCGGCAUGCGACGACCAUACAACUUCUGGCGAUGGCGUUCCCCUAAACCUUAUUGGCAGGUGCUGCUAUCCUUGUUCAUUGCUCUGACAAUCCUCGAGCUCCUCCUCGCUCCGUUCCCACCGAUAUACUCGACAUACUCGACAUUGAUCGGCUACAUAGGCCUCUCGGUGGAGGCUACGCUGCCUCUCCCCCAGCUCUUUGCAAAUGCUCAGUCGCGGUCAUGUAAGGGCUUUCGUGUCUCGGUGUUGGCGAGCUGGUUGUUUGGAGAUGCGAUGAAGAUGUUUUGGUUCUUCACAUCCACCACCGAGAUACCCUUGGCUUUCAAACUGUGCGGUAUCUUCCAGGCCUGCUGUGACGCCCUAAUCGGAGUCCAAUACAUGAUGUAUGGCGACCGAGCCCCGGCGGCGAGGACACAACAAGACUGGCCCUAUGCCGGUGUGAGGCCACACCGGGCACGACCACCCAGUGGCCGGCAGACGCCUGUCGGCAGGAGGACUCCGCUAGGAGAGAAGACAUUCUAA